CGAGUGAAUCAGUCGCGUUCCUGCGUUCGUAUUCGCCGCAUCGAAUGUCGUACGCGUAUUGCCUGUGUGCAAACCGGUUCGCAAGGAUCCAGUCGAACUUCGGUUUCGCAGGUAACGCCGAACAAAUAUCGGCUUAUCGAGGAUCCAACGAAACUCUUCCUAAAGUAUCUCGUUCGAGGCAGAUUCAAUUCUUUCCCGUGUAUGUAUGCUCCGUUUCAUAUUUGAUCAGCGGAGGGUCAUAAUUACAUGCAUAGCCGUAUGUACGUACGUAAUAUGUCACUGACUAUACUAUUUGAUAAAAUGUAAUCAUUCGUAUUUAUAAAAAAUAUCAUGCGUUUCUUUUAAAGUUGUAAAAAUCGAUUUUUAAUUGUGACGUUACGAAAUUAAACGGGUAAUACUAUCAGGAGUUGAGGAACGUGAUUAGUUCUUGUAUACGCUGUGACGUUUUCAUUUUGGCGCGAAGCACGGAGGAAUACGUGGUGCGCGUGUUAAAUUUCUGUAAGUUCAGUUGCGUUUUAAUGGACUUCGUUGGUUUUGUAGCGAUUGUGAAAACUGGUAUUGGGAAGCGUAUCUACAGACCGAUGUGUGUUGGUGAAAGUGGAAUCAGGUGUCUGAAAAUUGUGAGAACGUACGGAUAGUAAGCUGGAGAGUUCGAGGAUCAAGUUAGAUGAAGUAACUUUGGUUCGAAUUCGAUCGAUAUCGGCGAAGCGAAGAGCGAGAAGAGGGGAAUCGUCGUGAAUCGAUUCACGUAGCAGAAUGGAACUUGAAAAGCGGCAGAUGUGAUCGAGUCAGGUUAUUCCGUCGAAAUCGAAAAGCGACGUUUGGGAUUAGAAAAAGUGCGGUUUUAACGAAUCGUUUUCGAGGAAUGUGAAAGCGAACGAGGGGCGGAGAGAGGAGGAGAUAGAAUAAUUACAAAUUAUAACGCGGAGGGUGAGACACGAUUCGAUUCGUAACGGGAAGGUGAAAUAAUCAUAAUUCAGGCGAAGGAAAGUGCGACGUGAAGCGCGAUGUAAAGUGGUGAUAAAUUCGCGAAAGGGGUGCCGGAGAUUGUAAGACCUCCGGGAUUAAGAGUAGCAGGGAAAUGAAGCAAUGGAAUAAUAAACGUGACCAAAGGAAAUGUAGACCCAAGGAAGGUGACCAGUGACGAACGCGAAUUCCAAAUUAUUAUAAAUUUACGCGUAAACAACGACGAUCGAAUGAAUUAAUGCAUGAAGUGAAAAAACUCAGACCGUCAAGAAAAAUUAAGUAACGUUUCGAAAUAAGGAAAGGAAGGUUCUCAUUGUGAAACCGGUUAAAAGAAUACGCGGAAGUUGGAAGAAUAGUAAUAACUUCUUGGAGAAGUUUCGAUGAAGUUGCUCCGGAUGGAACUACGAGAAAGGUUUUGAUCAAUGAACCAAAAAGACGAGGAAGUUAGGUCGAAGGUAAACUUUUUUCGAAACUGUACGCCCUCGGUUCACCGAUAAGAUUGCUUUCCGUAGACGGCGCCAGUUAAUUGCUGGCAAUAGCUGCCUCAUAAUUAUCCGGGGCGCCUCUCGAGAUUACCGGGAUGCAGCUGCGUGCGUGCACCGUGUUGCAUUAUGCAUCGGAAGCAAUGAUUUAAUCGACCGGAGAUGGCUUACGUUCAAUUGUUCGAAAAUUACCACUGGGACCGGUGAGCUAUAGUUUUGAAAACGAUGAGUAAUGAUUAACAUGACACUUUCGAUCAUACUUGUUCCGAGAUAGGCGUCAGUAAAAUUCUAAUAACUUUACACUUAAAUACUCGACUUACCUGAAUUUGCGAUUACGUAAGAGACUGUCAUUCUUUUCUUAUCGUUUAUCAUAUGUGUUAUAAGUACAACAUUACUAUUGCACAAUGCUAGACUGAAAAAGCUCGUUUGAGUUUUACGAUCGCCAUAAACAUUAACGAGUGACUACGACAUUAGCGGAGCUAGUCAGCGAUUAAAUAGAUCAAAGAUACUGAAGAAAGUUUAUACGGAAUGUGCGUGGACUAGAACGAUAUAUCACUAGAGAAAAUGUGGAGCACCCUUGGAGAAAUGGUUCCGCGUAGACCGACCGCGACGGAUCAAUUUUAGUUACCGAUUCCCAGAAGGUUCGUGCGUGGACGUCUCGACGCGAUGGGGAUUAGACUCAAAUGAGUCAAGCUCCCGAAGAAUCGUCGAGAAUCGUGCUCCCGGAGCUCGUUCAAAAUUGGAUCGACGAGUAGUAGGGUUCUACUGAUCCCCUAUCGAUACUUCGUGCAACGAUCCGGUCAAUUUGUUCCCGUUUGGUCGACAACUUCGUGACGGGUAUAUCCGGCGAGCGAUUUUCCCGUUGUGUAAACGUGUUCCGAGCACUAAACUCGGGCUUUUUAAGUAACAAAUGCUCGAGUGUUCAUAGAAUAGGAAGUACUUAAAAAACUCGAGUGAAAAGGAAAUAUAGUUCCGAAUUAGUGAGACUCCGUGGAUUUGACGUGAACGUUUAGUGUCGAUAUACUAAUUAUAAAUAAAACUCGAUUGAUCUUAAAAUUUUUUAAUCGUGAUUUUUACCACAAUGACGAAACAAGGCAUAAUUAUUUUCACGCUAUUUUUCGUCUCUUUGAGUGUCGCGUCGUCUUUCAAAAAGUGUUGCCCCCCAGGCGAAGUUUUUUCGGGUUCAUCGAAGAUUAAGUGUGCUCCAGCACCGAUGUAUGCCAGUGAACUUUACGUACUGGAUCAUGGUAAUGAAAAUGUCACGCAGACCAGUCAGUACGUGUUACCAAUAUGCGAGGACCCGCAGGAUAUCACCACGGUGCCUCUUUCCGAGAUUGAACCGAACGAUUUUCUGCAGGUAGCCUCCUGCGUCGAGAUUCUGUACGAUCAAAACAGCAGAAAGAGUAUUCCUAUAUUCGUGUAUUGCAAGUCAAACAAAGACAGGGAUGAACAAUACUCAACAGCUGCGUCACGGCCGAAACUUUUCAACGUCAGAAGAUGCUGCACGAAUAACAUGAUGUUCAACAUAACCACGGGAGACUGCGAUCCAACGUUCGACACUUUCGAUAAACACGAUUCGCUAUGGAAAGAACGAUUCCGCUCGUUGCUACCGCAGGGAGACGAGCUGGAUUUUCUGAACGUUUACAGAGGUUUCCCUAAGUGUCAGGCAAUCUUCACAUACGAGAUCGAUGGGGAUCUUAUCGUUUUCGCGAACGGAUCUUUGCAGGCAAGCCUGCCAGGAAGGAGAAAUGAGGCUACGGACGUUAUUCUCACGGACAGGAACACCUGCUUCGAAAUGACAUCGGAUUACCAGUUUCAACCCCGGAUCGUGGUUCGCGUUUGCCGAGAUCCCAAACUUUGUUCGGAGUACGGUUGUAUAAAGAAGUGUUGCGAGAACGAGGAAGGUGCUCGUCACUUGGAAAACGGGGACGAUAAGAUCAUCGAUUCGUGUAAGAUCGCACGCUCUUCGCUUAACUUCUACGAGGAGAUAUCCAAUAUCACUAAGCGUCCCUGGAAUGCUACAGAAUAUGGUCUAUUUUUCGGAGUGGAGUGCCCUAAUGGUAUGUACUUCAUGUAUCCGAAUGAAAUACAAGAAAUAACGCCCGAAGGGUACAUCCAGGCUUAUCAGGAAUUGGGGACGGUGCCAUACAAUCAGUACUGCAUAGAUGUGUUCAAUUACAAAACUAAGAAUUUAAGUGGUUUGAUCGCUUUUCGUUGUUUCGAGAACCCGCCAGUGGAGGAAAACUCCAAUUACAUAUAUGUGAUUUCCAGCGUUUUGGAGGGAAUCAGUUGUCUUUUUAUAUUAUUAACACUACUCGUAUACGCAUGUUUGCCAUCCCUUCAAAAUCUUCACGGCAAGACGUUGAUGUGCCAUUGCGCAAGCCUUUUCAUGGCUUACCUUUGUCUUUCCCUGAUACCUUGGACUACACCGGAUAUAACGUCGAUUCAGGAAAGCCGCUAUACGACAUCGAAGAUAUUUUGCACAUCAAUAGGAUUCGCCAUGCUCUUCUUCUUCCUGUCAGCUUUUUGCUGGUUGAACGUCAUGUGCUUCGAUAUAUGGCGGACAUUCGGGAGCUUACACGGUAGCAUCUCCAGGAGCCAAAAUCACAACAAGAGAUUCCUGUUGUACUGCCUGUACGCAUGGGGCCUGUCCAUGUCUAUCACAAUUCUGGCCAUAAUAACCGACAAGACGGAUUACCUGCCGACGUCGAUGCGGCCCAAUAUUGGCACGAAAAACUGCUGGUUCGACUAUUGGCAAAGCAACUACAGCGAACUAAUUUUCUUCAGAGGGCCGAUCGCGAUUCAAUUGACGUUGAACGUGAUCUUUUUCAUUUUGACCGCUGAAAAGUGUAGCAAAGUGAAAGCCGAGAUAAGUAGAGUCGUCGAUCCACAGGAUCCACGGAGUAAACGAUUUCACUCCGCUAAAAUUAGGUUCAUCAUGAACAUGAAGCUGUUCGUUGUUAUGGGUAUAUCCUGGAUCGCAGAGAUGCUCCCUUUGUUCAUUCAGAAAUAUUCCAAUUUUUAUAAGGAAGAAAUAUUUUAUGCGGCAGACAUAUUGAACAGUCUUCAAGGAUUGUUAAUAUUUAUUUUAUUCGUGAUGAAACGUCGCGUUUAUCAGGCUUUAAAAAAACGACUAGGUCUUGAGUCGAGGAAAUCCACCUCGAGUCAAGGUACGUCGAUGCUGCAAGAUCCCUUCAAAAUGAGAAAAAGCGCGAGCAACAGCACGUUAACGUCUAGUGUGAAUGUUAGCGGAGCGCCUUAACCAAAGAACACUAAAUUAUAAUUGUGAUUCUCAAUUAUGGAUAUUGUAACGAUGAUUUUUUACAUACUCAAGCAUUUUAAUGUGAAUAUCUUUUUAUACUAUUUGGUUUAUACUAUUAGUUAU